AUGGGCGCUAAACUACACAACCUCCGCAUUGCCGUAUGGGGAGAGGCACCUGAAACAGUGGAGGAGCAAAAGCUUCUGCGGAAAAUUGACUUCUUCAUUCUCACCUAUUGCUGCCUGGCCUUUUUCUUCAACUAUCUAGAUCGUGCUGUUCUUGCAAAUGCCUACGUUUCUGGCAUGAAGGAAGACAUCAACAUCUCUGGCACCCAGUACAACCUUCUAGUCACCAUCCUCUCUGUGGGCUACAUUGUUGGACAAGUCCCGCACGGUCUUGUCAUCCAGAAGGUCGCCCCACGCAUCUGGUUCCCCUUGAUGACGGUGGUCUGGUCGUGUUUGACUAUGGUUUGCGCUGCCUGCAACGGGUUCUCAUCGCUGGCAGCGGUCCGCUUCUUCCAGGGGGUCGUUGAGGCGUCGACUUACAGCGGCACGCAGUACAUCAUCGGCAGUUGGUACAAGGGCCCAGAAGUGGGAAAGCGAAUUGGACUUUUCCAAGCUUCUGGGAUGGCAGGGACCAUGUUUGCGGGCCUCAUGAUGACGGCGAUUUGGAAUACUAUGGAUGGAGUCUCGGGCCUGGCUGGUUGGAGAUGGUCGUUCAUCAUUGACGGAAUCAUCACUAUUCCAGUAGCUAUUUUUGGUUUCGUUUUCUUUCCCGACCUGCCCGAGUCUACCGAGGCCUUUUACCUGAAGCCUCAUGAGCGUCAGCUUGCGCUGAGCCGUCUACCACCUAAGAACCCCGAGGGUCACAAUAUCGGGCUGAGCCUCAUUAAAAGAGUUCUGUUCACCCCCAACUUCUGGAUCUUCAAUAUUUUCUGGAUGCUAGGGGGAGCCCUGGAGGCCUUCUCCUCUCAAACCUGUAUGGUUCUUUGGAUGAAAGCAUCCAAGUUGUUCACUGUGGACCAGAAUAAUACUUACCCUCUUGGCAUCACCGCGAUCGGCAUUGCCCUGACUCUGUUGACUUCUGUUGCCAUUGAUGCCACCAAGGUUCAUGCCCCAUAUGGCAUAUUAGCCUGUGCUAUCCAAAUCAUAUCUUGCGUGAUCUUACUGUGCUGGAACUCAGCGAGUACUGGCGCGAUCAUGGCUGCCUUCUACUUGGCGGGAACUGCAUACUUGAUCCAGCCUGUCGUAUUUACUUGGGCCAACAAGGUACUGGCCAGAGAUGGCGAUGACGCUGCCCGGGCAAUAACUCUUUAUUCCAUGAAUGGUGCUUCCUCCGUGCUCUACGCCUUCUGGGGGAUCGCUCUCUACCCUGCAACGGACGCGGCUACCGGAUUUAAAAAGGGCACGAUUGCUAUGAUUGUAGUCGCUGUUCUCCUCGCUCUUUGGAUAUUAGUGGUGUGGUGGCAGGAUAAAAGGACAUAUGAUUUGCAUGUUAUUCAAAGCGAAUCGGAUGCCAAAUCUAGCGCCUUGGAAGCCGAUGAGAAAGAUCCAUCGGCGGAAACGUAUGGAGAUACUAAAUAA